AUGAAAGCUCCGGAGAAAAAGAUCAAAUGUGAUGUUUGUCACAAAACCUUUGACAUCAUGUUUAGAUUAAAAGAACACUCUGUCGUUCACUCAGGAGCAAGACCAUUUGAAUGCAAGAUUUGUGGCAAGUCAUACAAAUUCAAGACCUAUUUGAAAUACCACAUGACACUCCAUACAGAAAAUGCAUCUCUCGAGUGUUCGGUUUGUAAAACGAGUAUGCGCAAAAAUAAUCUCCGGUCGCAUAUGAAGGUUGUUCAUGAUCUUGUAGGCGAUCAACUGGACACUGCAAUCGAGAAAUCAAUGAAUAAAGAAACGGAUGAAAAAGAUAAAACCCCGUCAACUUCUAAUGUGGAAAAUGUUAAAGAGAAAAGUGAUGAAGAAUCAAGACUAAAACUCUUCGAUUCGGUUGAGCCAUUGGCAAAAGACUUGAAUAUUAAGGAUGCUACUGAAGAUAUAUUGAAAACUCGUUCCCUCGUCGAUUUGAAUAAUUCUCAAUCAUUCUCAACCCAUGCAAUCAAACAGGAACCGAUUGAUGACGAAUAUCCGUUUGAGGCGAUACAAGAGAAGACUUUUGCGGAUCAAUCUCAAUCAGCAAUGCAAUUUCUCCACAGAGAAGUAUUCCCAUCGAAAUCUGUUAUGGAAAGUCAUGAAUCUCGGCGUGGGUCGCUGCUUCAAGAAGUGUUUGAAAAUAACCAAGGGUUCCAAGUCGGACACUUCCAGAAUUCAAUUGGAGCUUAUCCGACGGCACCGGUCCCACCAGUACAUCAGCAAUUCCCAUCCAACUUCGAAGAGGACUGCCGUCAGAUCUCCCAUCAAAUAUCUCGAGUUGCUUCCAAUUCAACCAAAGAACGUCAAGACUGUUUCAGGCAACUGUUGUUCGCAACUGUGUUUGCAUUUGAGGGUGCUCAGACCUGCACCAACGUUGAGGACUUCUUCCGGAUGAUGGGCGAACGAUACGCAAAGAAGUGA